AUGGCGGCUAAUGGGUUGAAUGUGAUUGUUGUGUUCCUUGUUGCAUUUUGUCUGGAAAGUUGCCAUUCAUGUGGAAGAACUGUUUUAACAGAUUUACGAGGAACGAUCACCGAUGGACCCGGUAACUAUCCGGAAAACAAACUAUGUGAAUGGCUUAUUAAAGGUAAGUAAUUUAUCUAUCAUGUUAUCUUCAAUCCGUUGAGCAACCACACCACGUUACCUACCGGUAACUUGCUUCAACAAGUUAAUGAACUAAUGGAUCGGCCACUUUUCCACUAUUCCUUUAUCGAUCUACCGAUAUGCUUUCAAUGUUAAGAAAUCGUUUUAGACUUUCGUCGAAUUAGAAGCAUGUGAGAGGUUCUCCGAUGCGAAGGCUCAUGUUUCUAACUCUGCUUUUUACUCCUUCUUGAGAAGAAUUAAACCCAUUUUAAUUCGAUUCCUGUGUGACUUACAAAUAUUUCCAUAAUUAGAAGCUUGUUCCGACACACACAGCGAAGAGAGCUGUGUAAUACUAGUCUGUAUCCACAAGGAUUUAAUUUGUUAUUGUACAAUUGGAAAUUCCAUCUUGAACAAGUAUUGUGGUGUUUAAAUAUUUAGUAACAUGAUUAGGUCCACAAAUUUGUUGUUGCCAUGACCGUAUAGACAGUAUUUUUUUUUUAUCACUCAUAUUGGACCGAUCAAUUGUAUCAAAUUGGAAUGUUUCACGACUUUUUAUCAUGUGUAUAUAGUUUACUAUACAGCAGUGAUUCGACCAUUCUAUGGAUCUUAAACCAAACAAGUUUUACUGUGCUUGUUUGUAGGUGUUAAUGGUGAAUAAUUUGAGGCAAAAAUGUAAAUCAAACUUGUUUGAGAGUGUUUGAAAUAGAAAAAAAGGUGUCUGUCGACCACAAAAUGUACAUGCACAUCAAAAAUCGGAUGAGAUAUUCGAAGUCAGUCCUUGAUUGUCUAUUGUACAAACAUUUGCUUGCAACUAGACUUAACAAAUUCACAGAUAGAUGUAAUUGGAAAGUGGUUGAUAUAACUCACAGUUAGGUGUAUUUUGUUCCAUACACUGAACACUGCUUUUUUUUCAUGUUAGGCUUAGUUCAUUGAAUGAAUUCAAGAUGAGCUGGCAUUUAUAUGUCAGAAUUUCAAUUUAGAAUACAACAUAUGUAUUAGAUGAAAAAAAUUCCUUUACUUUUAGGGGUAAUUAAAUUGCUGACUCAUAAUCUACACUGUUAUGCAUGAAUAGCUAAUCAUUCUUACAAUGGGCUAAUGCUUAAAAUGCCAGCUUUAGAAACUUUCUACUAUGGCUGAUUUACAUGUACAAUGUCAACUCAGUUGAUAAAGCAAAAGUAUCUUGUAAUACCCCUCCACCAACAUAGCACCAUAGUUUCUGUAGAAACCCACACCUUUUUUCAUGAAGAACAAACUUCGUAAACAAUACACAUCAGUAAAGGUAAUCACGUGAUUUUAAGUGUAAUUUUGAAUUAACAAGCACAAGAAAAAUUUUUCAAAGAUGAACAAAAUUGCACAAGCCUGUAGGGCGAGUGUAAUUUGUGGUCUUUGAAAAAAUUUACAAGUGCUUAUUUAUUCCAAAACACACAAGUAAAAUCAUUUGAUUACGUAUUAAUCAUAUAUGUGAAAAAAUUCAAGAUAGCUUAUGUUAAUUAUGCAGGAGCAAAGCGUGCGUAUCAAGUGCAAAAAUAAUUUAUUAAAACGUGGGAAGUGAUAUUGUGCGUUCGGUCAAAACAACCACAUACGAUCAAAACAAUAAUAUACAAUGAUAUUUUCGCAUCUUUAAGGUGCAAAAAAGUUCAAAGCCUGGCUUAACAGUUCAAGGAAUUGUUCAGUCUGGUUUGUUAUUUUUUUGCACUGAAUUAACACUCUUCUGCACUGAUUUACUUGAAAACUGCAUUUAUCGUAACCAAUCAGAACUGAGUAAUUUUUUUCAUGUAUCUCAUUAUACCAGCAACGCUACUUGUAUGUCUCUAACAGUGUUUUAAUGAGUAAGAUAUUUUUGCUUUUCAGUAAGAUUGUGAGGAAAGAUGUUGCGAUAUCAAAUUUAUUUUCAAAAUUAUUAAUUUUUAACAAAUGGUGUUCAGAAGUUGCCUUUGGCAGAAAAUUUCCAAAAAAUUUGUAAGAUUCAACCAAAUGCAAUGGAAUAUGUUACUGGACUGACUAAGAAUCAUGGCCUUGAUCUCAUGUAGGUAUCUUCAUUCACUUUAGUCUGGAUUCUAUGGGAAGAUUUGUAUUUUACUCUAGUUAAAUUACAAUCAUUUGAUCAAAUGAAAUGAGUUAAUACAAAUCCAAACUGUGAGCCAAGCCACCAUACAGUGUUCGUAUGUUUUAAUAUGCAGUAAAAUGGAUUUUAUUACACAGAGACAAUAUUAUCCAUUCCUAAGUUAUAUACAAGGCAGGUUGCUAAUCCAUGAUUAGUACUAGUUAUUAACCUUCUGGCUUGUUUUUCCACAGCUCCACAUCCAAAUGUUUCUAUCACAUUGAAAUUUAUAGAAUUUGGGACAGAGUGUUCUUAUGAUUAUUUGUUCAUUCAUGAUGGUGAUUCCUACCUCUCUCCUCUCAUUGGAAGCAUUAGUGGGAACAAUUCCUUACACACAGUUGUAUCUCAUUCAGGACAGGUGGGUAUUUAGGGCAAAAAAUUAAAUGUAUGGUAGAUUUAACCUUUUAUACCCUAACAUCAGUAGGCAUAUUCUCCAUACUGUUCUCUAUGGUAUUUGGUCAAUUCACCACCACAGCAAACUCACGACUGAAAAACUCGCCAGCACUGAAAGUCAAGUCACCACUAGUGGCGAUUUGACUUUUUCAUUACAUGUAGCCUGUGGUAUGAACUUGCAUCAAAUGAAACCUAAGAUGUAGUAUUACAUGGUGAAUAGGGAAAGGGACACGGAAGUUAUGUGUACCAUUUCAAUUAUGGAACUUUAAUUGUCAAUAAAAUAAAAUGUGGUGAUAUCACAAAGAUUAUGAUCAUUUUGUGUAGUGCAAAACCAGAGUGAUUUUUGCCAACUGAUAUUUGCCACUUGAUUUUUGCUGAUGUUUAUGAAUCAUUUGGACCUUGCAUCAAAUAAAGGCUAAAAUGUAGUAGUAUGUUGGAAAAACCUUUAACUACCACAUUAUCAUGUGACUUCUCCCUAUAAUAUCUAAACAUUAUCCAGCAAACAGGUCAUGAGAAUACUCAAACUUAUCAGGUAGAAGUUGUUAUCUUGAUCUAACACCAAAUUCUUGUAACGUAUUUACAAGGAAAUGUGUAGCAGCUAGAGGGAAGAAUUGACAAUCAGAUCUUGGGAGUUAAAAGGUUAAUCCCAAAGAGUGACAAGGUUCUUAUUUCUCUUUACAAUCUAUCCCUUGAAUCAAAUGUUUAAGUCACAAGAAUAAAGGAUAUGAUCAGCAACUAAUGAAACUCUUGAUGGUUUUACAAAUUCUCCUUGUUAGAAGCUAGGAAAUGUAUAGAGAACAGUAUGGAGAAUAUGCAUACUGAUGUUAGGGUGUAAAGGGUUAAGAAGAGCCAAUCAAAAUGUGUAAAUAAUUCAGCUUAUAUAACCUGCAUUGUACUUGUAUCAAAGCUUUCAUUUCCAUUACUAUUGUUUUGGCAGAUGCUUAUCAAUCUUUAUAGCGACACCAACUAUUCCCUCCAUGGCUUCGUUGCUAACUAUACAAUAGAAAACUGUACAGAUGGAUGUUCUGGCAAGGGGAUUUGUAAGGAUGGGUUCUGUCAGUGUGACAAAAAUUGGCGAGGCAAAGCGUGUGACCUGCCUUCUUGUCCAUUGAAUUGUAACAUUGCAGAAGCUCGUGGAGAAUGUGAUUUUGUAAGUAGUGAUAGUUUAACCCUUUAACUCCCAUAAGUGUUAAACAUGUAGCUUCUCCCUAUAAUAUCCAUACACAAUCUAGCAAACAGGUUAUGAGAAGACUCAACUUUAUCAGGUGGAAGUUUUUAUCUUGAUCAAACACCAAAUUCUUGUGGCUAAUUUAUAAGGAAAUGUGUAGCAGCUAGAGGGGUGAAUUAACAAUCAGAUCCUGAGAGUUGAAGGGUUAAAAAGGAACAGUGUUAAGGGUUUAAGUGACUCUCAAUUGGUGAGUUGUUAAUUGGGAUAUGUUUGGUAUAGAUUUCUAUCUGAAUUAAAAAAUUCACUAUGUUUUUACAAAGCUGGUAUUAACAGCCUGCUAGAAAAGGAAGUGCACAAGUAAAUCUGGCCGUGAAAAGUUGGUCUGUGUGUUAAGAAACUACUGACAGCUGAAUAAUACGACACAGAUGAAGUUUUCAAUGCUUAACUCUUUAUUCCCAUGAAUGACCAAGACAGAAUUUCUCCUUACAAUGUCAAUACAAAAUCAAGCAGAUGAGUGGUGAGAACAAAGAAAAUAUCAAUUAGGUUACUAUUAGAUGAUGCAAUACCAAAUUCUCUGAAUAAACAUUACAGGAAUUGUAAAGUAGAUAGUAAGGAGAAUUGCUAUUUAGAUCCUGGGAGUGAAAAGGUUAACUGCACACACAAGGCUUUGAAGCCUAUGAAUAUCUGUAUAGAAUGCUCUCCUGAUCAGUUUUGUGGUAGUAACUCACAAUGAUUCAUAGGAUAAUUCUAUUUAUUUUUUAAUUUUCAGGCCCAAGGACAUUGUGUCUGUAAAAGUGGCUUUAUUGGGGAAUCUUGUUCUGUUUCAACAAUGACUGAUGCUGACUCUAACAAGUGGUUCACCAUUUCAUCAUCAUCUCAAAUUUUCCAUCCAAGAACAGCACAUUCUGUGGUUUAUUCAGAGGAAAAGGAUGUGUUACUUUCCUUUGGAGGUGUGUGCAUGCAUGUAAAUGAACUUGUGAAAUUUUUGGAGUUAUGAAGCACUUGUACCAUCAUUGUGGUAGUCUUUUUCACCAAGGAUAUUCUUGGAAGGGACAAACUGCUCUGAUAAAGAGGACGGUAAACAAAUUUGGCUCUACCCCUUCCCUUACCAUGCCACCAGUUAACCUUGUUCUGUACAAGAUGGGGGCUUAAGUUGAGACAGAGUGCUGUAAAUUGAAACAUUAGAAUAUAGGAAUUAUCCUCUGUCCAGUUAAUCCAGGCAUCUUGUCCUCUGUCAUGUCAUGUAACAGAUAAGGUUUCCUUCAGUCAUUUUCUCUUUCAAUUUGUUCAUGAUUAUCAUUAGUACUACCGCAGUGUAAUUUUGAACUUACUCCAAACUGUCUAUGUAAGAGAAAGCAAUGUUUUAAAUGUUUGAAAAGUUAACCAUAGUGCUUAUUUUGUCCUUCUCACAGGUUAUUCUUUAAGUAGGGUAUUUGAUGACUUGUUACAGUUUAAUUUUACCUCAAGCCAGUGGAGUGAGGUUCUAACUGGAUCUCCUAAACCUGUAAGUUGCUAAUUAUUUUUAGUUUGUACACCCUAUCAGCACUAUGCAUAUUCUCCAUGCUGUUCUAUAUAUAUUUAUUGAGGUGCUGAGAAGGAGAAUUUGUUCAACAAUCAAGAGCUUCUUUAGUUCAUGAUCUUUUUGUGUAUUCUUGUGACAUAAAUGUUUGAUUGAGGGCUGGUAUUGUGGGGAGAAAUUAGAUGCUAGUCACUCUCAGAGGUCAAAGGGUUACCUUUUCAAGAGCUUCAGACUUUGAUUUACAAUCAUUUCCUUUAUUCUUGUGACAUAAAUGUUUGAUUCAGGGGAGAAUUGUGAAGAGAAUUAUUUACUAGUUACUCUUAGGGGUCAAAAGGUUGAUAUGUUGUUAUUAAUAUUCUUAUUAAUAUUUUGUUUUUCUCUUCAUAGGUUGGUCGAUUUUCUCACUCUGCAAACCUGUAUCUUGACAGCAUGGUGCUAUUUGGGGGGGAAUUAGAAAAUGGGAACCUAACCAAUGAACUUUGGUUGUACAACAUUACUCUUGGAAAAUGGACAGAGCUAGCUGUAAAUGACAGUGAAAAGCCACCUCCUCUGGCAGAACAUACAGGGACAAUAGUGGAUGAUGAACUGUACAUUUUUGGUGGUAAGUGUUUGGUGACAAACAACCUUUUGAUAUACAUGUACAUGUGGUAUAUAGUUCAGAUGAAUCUCUUUUAAAGGAUCUCUUUUAUCCUGGCUUCCUAGAAACUAAGGUGUAGAAUAGAACUUUGCUAAAAGUGAUAUCUCAGUGUGUGUAAAUUUUUGAAUCUCAUGUGGUAAAAAAAAAAACCUAUGGGGCUUCCUGAAGUGCAAAAGUCUGUAAACUCAUACCAAGAGACAAUUCCAAUUAAUUUGUUAACUGAUUACGGAAAAUUAACUGUUGGAUAUUUUCCUCCUAAACAGGUCGCACCCUUACAGACCCAUUUUCUUCAGCUAUGUAUUCAUAUUCUUUACCAAACCAAAGUGGUUGGAAGAGGAUUUCAUACAGGAGAGGAAAGGAAGCACAUUUGCGCAUGUUGGGUCACUCGGCAAUUUAUUAUGCAGAAAUGCGCUCUCUCGUCAUUUUUGGUGGAUUUGUACCCAACACGCCAAGGUAAUAAUAGUAAUAUUAGUUUCAUAGUUUUAUUGUAUAGAAACAUUACUGUUAUUAACUUAGGUUACUGUCAACAAAAUCUGGUUUAAAAUUUAAAAAUUCUGUUUUCCUUCUUGUUGUGUAUUCACUUAGUGGAGUCACUUGCUCUUUAAUUUCUGUCUGUUUUCUGUUUUUAUUCAUCAAUUAAGUAUCUAAUAAGUUGGUACAAUCAUGUUACUUGAUUAAAGUACUUUUACAUCAUUCAGUCAUCCCACAGUGAUAUUACAAACAAUGUACUACACUUUUCUUGAGUUAAAUUUGUCAAAACAAAAAAACCAAAUCUUAAAAAACAAAACACAAGAUAUGGCUGGUAAUUUAGAUAAGCAAACACGUACCCCUGUUUUGCAUUUAAAGACUGGUGUGUGCCUACCAAGACAAAGACUGUUAAAACUGUUGUUAUUUUCUGAGUCUGUACUUCAUAAGCUUAACAGUGAUAAGUAGUUUUCCAUGGUUUCUUUUGAAGUAAUGUGCAUAAGACAAUUUUUCCAGAAGGCACAUUAUUGUUGAAAGUAAUCUUAAGAAAACAACCUGCAGCUUUGUGGUCAUUUGUCUUUUACUACUGAGUGACUUAAUUCCUUUUUUUAUGAUUAUUAGGAAAAGUAAUCAAUCCAACAAACUUCUGAUGUUUCAUCUCGAUCUUCAUGUGUGGUCCACAAUAGAUGUUAAAGGUUUUGUUCCAAGAGGCCGUGCAUUUCACUCUGCUGUGUUGAUUGGAGAUUAUAUGAUAAUUUAUGGUAAGAUGAACUGACACUGAACUGACUGAAGGUUAACCCUUCAUACCCUUACAUCAGUAUGCAUAUUCUCCCUAAUGUUUUCCAUACAUUUCCUAUGGUGCUGACAAGGAGAAUUUGUUUAAUAAUCAGGAGCUUCUUUAGUUGGUAAUCAUUUCCUUUAUUCUGGUUACAUUAAUGUUUGAUUCAGGGAUGAUAUUGUAAGGAGAAAUUAGAUGCUUGUCACUCGUAGGUAAGUGUUGAGGGGUUGAAUGUCCAGCAUAAAAUGGAAACUGUAUCUUUUUUCUUCAGUUGUAAAUUUCAAACUGUUGGUGACCAUUACAGUAACUCUUUAAAUCUUUAGAGUUAUCAGUAUCUAAUUUUUCCUGACAAUAAUACUGCUGAAUUAUCAUUACUUUCAAGUGAAUAAAGGAAAUGAUUGCUAAGCCAAUAAGCUUUGAUUAUCUAACCCUUUAACUCCCAUGAUCUCGUCAGUAAUUCUCCUUUCUGUCUGCCAUACAGUUCUUGUGAUGUUAGUUUGGAGAAUUUGGUAUUGAAUCAACUUUUAAUCCCCUAACUGAUAUUUUUCUUAAUUCUCAUCACUUGUCUGCUUGAUACUGUAUGGAUAUUGUAAGGAGAAAUUCUGUCUUGGUCACUUGGGGGUCUUAAAGAGUUAACAAGUUCUUCUUGUCAGUACCAAAGGAAAUGUACAGAGAUGAGUAUUGAGAAUGUGGAUACUGAUGUUAGAGUGGGAAGGGUUACUGGAGAACCACUCAACUGUUGAGUUGAAAUCAGUCUUUGUUAUCAGUUUUUCUUAUGUGUCAUCAUUGUUUUUGUUCAAGAGAACAGCGUGAAGUCAACUUAUGCUCUUGUAAUUUUUUUUGUUUGUAUUCAUUAAAAUAGGUGGAAACAUUCAUGAACAUUUCCAUGAAGAAAUUUGUUAUGACAACAAAACUCUGUUUUACCACCUGAAAUGCAACAAGUGGAUUUCAGCAUCAACAUUUGAUGCUCUUUCUCCUUCUGAUGGAAAUCCUCAGCAGGGACGAUUUUCCCAUUCAGCUCUUCUGCGAAAGGGACGAGUCAUGCUUGUAACUGGUGGCUUUGCUGGGCUGCCACUUGGAGAUGUCUUGGGCUAUAAAUUACCAGUUGCCAUAGCAGCAAAAAACACUGUAGGUGGACACUGUGAAGGCUAUAGUACACAGACAAGUUGUCGGGAAGACCCAGAAUGUGGGUGGUGCAGUUCAUCAACAAAGUGUCUGAGCCGUGAUUUGUCAGCAAAUUGUUCAGUGAGCCUGAUACAGGGCUCAUGUCCUGGAGCCUGUGCUAUUUAUUCACAGUGUAGUAGUUGUUUAUCAUUUGGUGGUACUCACUGUGGUUGGUGUGUACAGGACAGUAGGUGUUACCCCGUUAACUCACCAAUAGGAGCCUGUCAGAGUGGUGCUGUCAGCAGCAAAGUCAGAGGCUGGUGGGGAAAUGAAGGACAAUUUCUAACAUCAUUAAGCCAGUGUAAAACAAUGGAUUUUCCACCUGGUCUGACAGUUGUGGAGUACAGAGAGGUCCCAAACAUUACCUUUCCUGAUAGCAUAAGAAUUGUACCAGAAUCAGAGACAACAAUUUUGAAGCAAACUGGACACAAGAAAGCCCGUAUGAUUGAGAUGAUAGGCUUUGUUUAUCCAUUUAAGUUCAAAACAGCACCUUGGACAUCCUACACAUUAGAUCUUGUACUUAGGAAUGUUAAAGAUACAGAAGCAAAGCUUUGGCUGAGUACGGAUGAAACUGAGGCAAAGGGAGUAAGUACACCUGUCUAUCCAAGCCUCUUCUGUUUCACUUAAGUAACUAGAUUUGUUGUGGCGAACACUUGAACAGUGGAAUUGCAAAAAAUCAGAUUGUUUGUACCAAUGCAGUGCGCAAAUGCGCACGCUCUGAUAGGUAUCUCGCUAUGAUCACCUCGUGCAAAGUGAUUAUAGCUGGAGCACUUAAAUUCAAAAUGGCUUGCCUCACAUUUGCCAAUGUUUCUGUGGAAGUGAUUUAGGCUAUGGAAGAAAAUUCAAUUGAGAAGAGCACAAAAGAUGCUAAAAGAAGUGGAGUUUUUGCUGAUUGAACUAAGUAAACCUGUCAAAAUUGCUUACUUAUCUUCAUACAAGUAAUCAAUGCAAUUAUAACAAAAUAUGUGCAACGCUAUCUUUGUUUACGGAAUUUAAAAAGGAAUUUGAAAGCAACUGAGCAAUUAUGCUAAAAUAAUUAUAUGCCUUCGGCAAAUAGUUUUUAAAUAACACCAAGUUCUCAUUACUGAUUUACAAGGAAAUGUGUCGCAGCUAGAGGGGAGAAUUUACAAUCUGACUUUGGUAGUUAAAGUAUCCUCUGAUUUACAGCAUUUUUGUUGAUUUUUCGUUAAAAAAAGUAAACGCCUUUUUCACUAGGAGUUGGUAGCUCAUUGUACAGAAUUGGGGUCUCUGCCAUGUUCAGUUGUAGCUCAGCGCAGUAACAAUCAGCCCCUGUUCCCAUCUCCAUCUGAAGGGAAGAAGUAUUAUCUAAGAGUUGAAGUUAACCAGAGUUUCGAUGCUUCCGUGGAUUCUGUUGUUCGUCUGGUGUGGAACAAAACAGAUUCUGUGUACUCAAUGGUGGUGAGUUCUUUCUUUCUUUCUUUAUCUAUUUGUGAUAUUUAGUUCAGCUCAGUUCAGCUUUUAAUGGGGGCCUACGUAAUCAAUAACCAGGCAAGACCACAACACCAGGAAUUACAUUCCCUUCUCUUUGUGAGAAGUGUGUGGGUUCUUUAACAUCCUCUGCUAACCAGUAUAGAGAAAAUUCAGGAUUCUGGGCCUAUAGUUUAUUGUUUUACCUGAGGAUACUAGAUUGUGUAACUAUUUACAGAUGUCCAAGAAAAAGCAGCACUUUCUCCUCAGUUAUUUUAAGACCCUGAGUGUUUGUUCAGUCUCGAGAUUGAACCCACGACCUCCUGCACGGUAGUUCGGCGCUCUACAAUGUGAGCUAACUAAGAGCAGUCAAAAGUUCUUUCCGUACUCAACUCAAUGAAUCCAUUGUCCAGGUCAAGUGUGGGUUAAACUUUCAAACAAGAGACUUUUUUCAUUGAGGAUCCUAACAAUACGCAGGAUAUUUGUUAUGUUUGAACCUGGUUUACGCCAGGCUGGAGAUUUAUUCCUCUUCAGCUCAGUGGUAGAGCAUUUGGGCAAAAACGAAAAAGAAAUGGUGUGUCUUACCAAUGUUAUCUUCUAAAGGAGAUGUUUUCCAUGUAAUAUCUGUACUUAAGCUAGCACGGCCUUUUCUUCCCAAGCAUUUUCCUGAGAUCAAAUUUUGGCUCCAAACAACCCCAUAUCAGCCACACAUCGUCUUAACUCUCGGCGUAAUUCUCAAUGUCUAAGCCAGAGAUGGUGUACCAGUUGAAAUAAGAUCCUUUAUACUCUUCCUCAGCCCAUAACUACUCAGUUCCUCCAGCCAUACGCCAGUUCAAAUGGUGAUUGUUCUGCGCAUAAGACUUGUUUGGCCUGCAUGACAGAUGCAUCAUGUGGUUGGUGUGUGACAGCUUGCUUGUCACGCAAUGCUCCCCCUGGUUCAUGUCAGGACGGUGGUGGAAAUCUAAGAAAUAUCACCUUAAAUGUGACCGAGUGCACCUUGUGUUCUGACCACGUGGACUGCCAAUCUUGUGUGCAGGUUUGUAUACAAAAAACAAAUGUUGUUAUAUGCAUCUGUAGUGCAGUGGAAAAAAGGGAACUUUACGAUGGACUUUUUCUCAUGUUUGAAACUGCUUGCGCAAACCUUAAGUAUUUCUCUUUGUUCCGAUUGUCUGUUUUGAUUACUUUGAUUUGGUUUUUGGAAAUUCGAUUUUAAUAUGCUCGAUAAUAUUUUACGAGGUAUCAGCCACAAUGUAAGCCAGAAAACAGUAGGAAGGAAAUUUUUUGUAAAAAUCUGCCAAUCACAGGGAAACAAAAUGAUUUACAAUGUGACACAUUUCCAGUCGACCUCAUAUCAGUAUGCAGUUGAAAUAUGGCAGUUUAAUUUGGAAAUGACUACCCUUUGAGACAAACAAUUAAACUCAACCGAAUUGCAACAAAGUUAUCAAAUUUUACUAGGCACUGUAAUAGGAAAGUGUUUUUUCUCAAAUCUCACAACACUGAUCUGUCAAACGUUCAAAUAUUUCUCCUUUAGUAGCAAACCGAUGCAACAUAUGGUGCAUCAGAAGGGGAAUUUCUAUUCACCCUUUAACCCCUAAAAGUGACUGGCAUCUACUUUCUCCUUACAAUAUGAAGAAUAUGCAUACUGUUGUUAACCCUUUAACUCCCAAGAUCUGAUUGUUAAUUCUCCCCUCUGGCUGCUACACAUUUUCUUGUAAAUUAGUUACGAGAACUUGGUGCUAGAUCAAGAUAGCAGCUUCUACCCGAUAAGUUUGAAUAUUCGCAUUACCUGUUUGCUGAAGAGUGUAUGAAUAUUGUAGGGAGAAGUUUUAUGUUAAUCACUUCUGGGAGUUAAAGGGUUAAAGAUAUAAAGGAGUUAUAUAAUGUGGGUUCAUUUGAAAAGGUUGAAAUUGAUAGGUGAAUUUUUUUUUUAGGAUGGUGGCUGUAAGUGGGCUAAAAUAUCAAAUACGCUUGGUUGUUAUCGCAAAGGAAUAACUAGUUUACCAGAAAACACUAUUCAGGAGUGUAAUAGCCCUUGUCCAAGGUAUUUAAGACUAAUUACGCACUAAGGUCGCAAGAAUAAACGACAUGAUCAUCAACUAAAGAACCUCUCGGUUGUUCGCACCUUAGGAAACGUAUAGAGAAAAGUAUCGGAGAAUAUGAGUACUGAUGUAAGGGUACAGAGGGUUAGUAGGGAGGGAUUUGAGCCAAGGAGACAGUUAACGCUGAUUAGAUAAGUGGAAGGAAACAUGAAGAGGGUGGGUGAGGUUAGGGGAGAAUGUUUGACUCUAUAGACUGUGAGCAAUCACAAGUAAAAAAAAAUUGAUGCCAUCAUGCGGCGCGGAACUCUGGGGUUGAGGCGCACUGUAUUUCGCUCGUGAAGUUUUCGCCAAAAAGAAGUGGCUGCUCGUAGUCUAUUGACACGAUCACUAAAUAUUAUGCAGGAUUGAAGAUCAACAGCUAUAGCUUUGAAAACCAAGAUCGAAUACAAAAGUGGUCAAAUGAUAUUAAGAUUAUCUUGCAUAUAAGCUUGCACUUGCGGAAAUGACGCUGACCAAGGAUGUCCGCUGAGCUCCUGCUAGUUAACUUUGAAAAGUUUUCAUUUCACUAAAUUUUUUUCACGAAAAAAUAUUUCUUCUUUUUUCUAAUUUCAAUUUGCUCUGCUAAGCAAGCUUUAAGUUAAGGGUUAUCGUUAUGUGAGUUUGCGUAAGGUAAUUUACAUGUGUAUUUUUUUGUUGUCUUACAGUCGUAAAACUUGUAGCAGUUGUGUAACUGACAAUAUUGGAUGCGCCUGGUGUGACAAAACCCAGAGUUGUUUUAUGUUUGGAACAUACACAUCACGAUAUCCAUAUGGACAGUGCUCUCACUGGAUUGAUAGGUCAGUGAAAAGAAAUUGUAUUUCGAUCAUUUUCAAAGCCUAACCCUUCGACCCCUAAGAGUGACCAGCAUCUAAUUUCUCCCAACAAUAUCACCCCUGAAUCAAACAUUACGAUCACAAGAAUUAAGGAAAUGAUCACCAACUAAAAGAAGUUCUUGAUUGUUAAACAAAUUCUCCUCGUCAGUACCCUAGGAAAUGUAUGGAGAACAGUAUGGAGAAUAUGCAUACUGAUGUUAGGGUGUAAAGGGAUAAAGUAGCCGUCUUAUAAAAUUUAGCGAACUCUGCCAUGAAGAAUAGGGUGCUAAAUUAAGCAAAUAAUCUUGUUGGGUGAUGUGUUGCCCUACAACAUUCAUUAGUGAUUUGGGAUUCGGGGGGGGGGGGAAAUUCUGGGGGUUGGGACCCUCCCCUUCCCUUAGACCUGGAUGUCUUUUCUUAAACCAAAAUUACUCAGAUGAUCGCAUAGUGUUUCUCAACUUGUAGAUUUUAAAUUGUACUUAUCUUGAUAUAUCUACUUCCUGUUUCUCUUCAAACAAAAGUCUUUUUUUGUUUCUAGUGGAGGAAAGUGCUCUAAUUGUAGUCAGCACACGGCUUGUAGUGACUGCUUGAAGGACAUAAGAUGUGGCUGGUGUGGAAAUGACUUUGAUCCACGUAUUGGAAGGUAUAUGUAAGAACUUUGGUAUGAAUGAACAUUCCUUCAGCAUACUUCUUACCGAUAGACAAGUAAUCAAAAGAUAAUGCGACAGAGCAAUUUUCAAUGAGUGUCGGAAGAGAUUGCUUUGGUUUUAAUGAACAUUGCUCUUGAUUGGUUCAGAAAUCUCGCGCCGCCCUCUUAACCAAUAAGAUGCAAAAUUAAAAACAAUCGCGACUAAGCCACCCGCGCUUUCCCGCAUGUCACAGUAAAUUUUAGCUCGCAUUGGUCGCUGGGAUUUUUUGGUAUUGGUUUGACGCUCAUUCGAAAACUGCUCUGUCGCAUUAUCUUUUAAUUAUUUGUCUAUUCGUUAGACAUAUGCUGAAAUACAUUAAGCGAACCAUUAUUGUAACAGUUCUCAUAUUUGUAUCGUUAUUAUUGUAAAAUAAUGUAUUUUGUGGUUUUUUCGCCCUUUUUUUCGGUCAGAUGUUAUGGAGGAGGGUUUAAGUCACCUGACAAUGGACAAUGUUCAAGUUUAUUUCCAACGAAUGGAAGGUGUGUUUGUUUACAAUUUCUGCCACUGAAAAUACUAUUAUGUCUUAAUUAAUUACUGAUUUUGUUUCCUUUCACUCCAUUACACACAUUACACUUACCCUUUUUGAACAUUUGGAUUUUUCCCUUCCCUCUCAAUUCCCUAUCAUCUUGAAUAUGAGUAUGAUUUGACUUGUUUGCUAAUAUCCAUUACCGAGGUUUUCAAAAUUUGUUACAAGUUAACGUGCGCUUGUUCUUUAAAAUUCCUAUUGAUCAUGAGCCAUCAUGGUCCACAUGUCCUUUGUGUGCACAGUCGUGCGCGUAUAGUUUGACUCGUGAAGUUGGGUUUUUCUGCAAAGUUUUGUUGCAGAUCAGCGCCUAGUUGUGCGAAGGCCGAUUAGUGCUAACACAGGGUUAAAUUUUAAUAUAGGUUUCUUUACUCCUUGGUUCGAAAGCCUUUUUGGGAUCAUUUUCUCCAUUCUAUAUGGAGCAUCCAAUCAUCAAAUUAUUGACAAAAAGAAUUAUACUGAAUUUUCUAUAAAACCUUUCAGAUCUGAAAUCAGAUUUCACACUAACCCUGGGUUAUCUUAACCCAGCUUUGAACAAGCCAGCCCUGAUUAAUUUAUUACCUCGUGCAUUUUGCCUCUCCUCCACUGUGUGGCUUCUAAACUUAGUUGCAGGCAGUGAGAAACAAAUUAAAGACGUUUUGAAACCUAAAUUUCAUUAGAGCUUUUUGUAAAUUCAAUUGAGUGUCGAAAACCCAAACCAAAGUUAACAGAGCGACCAAUCAGAGAUUAAGAGAGACAGAUUGACAUCAUUACUAGCCAGUAAGAACUCAAAAAGGACAUAAGCAACCACUUGGAGCGCAGGAAAACGCGGAUGACUAAGUCGCGAUUGUUUUUAGUUUUGCUUCCUGUUGGUUGAAAGGAUGGCGCAAGUUUUCUGGACCAACUCGGAAAGCGGAGUAAAAUAACACUAAUUUAAAGCAAUUCCUGCGUACUUGCGACGCUCAAUGGAAAAUUGCUCUCGUACUGUGGUAAUUUAGCUGUUAGAAUCAACUCGUUAUUUAUCAUUCACACGCUAAUUUGUGAGUUUCUCGUUUGGUUAUUUUGUAGUACUGUGUGGUCUUACUCAGAGUGUCCAGAUGUAGACGAGUGUAAGCUGGGCUUGGCUCAGUGUCAUCCUAAUGCCUCGUGUGUGAACCAGCCCGGCUCAUUUAAGUGUGUCUGUAACAGAGGUUUCACAGGGGAUGGUGUGAAAGUUUGCAAUAAAACGUAAGUCUGAACGAGGUAACAAAAUUUAAAGGAACUGUUGCUCUCCGUCGACUAGCAAUUAGAACCAAUAGAUAUAACCUUUUCUUUUUGCUUCGACUCAGAUUUAACGCCCGAAACGUCAGCGUCAAAAUUCGCCUCUCAGUUAGAGAAAUAGCCACCUGAACAGACGUGUUAGCGUUUUUCAAGCGAGCGAGUAGCUACUUCUUAAUCAAUGGGUCCAAGUGUAUUGAAUUUAUCCGUGGGAGUUGAAUCCAUAUAAUUUCUUUUAUCUAGUUAAUAUAUUAACACUUAUCGCAAUAAGAGGAAAGUUCGUGGUUGGUGAGAGCAGUCGCUUCUCACCGCAGGGGUCUGAGUUUGAUUUCCGAACCUGACGUCACAUGUGGGUUGAGUUUGUUAGUUCUCGUCUUUGUCCCGUGAGUUUUUCUCCAUGGUCACUGGUUUUCCUAUCUCCACAAAUACCAACAUUGUAAAUUCAAAUUUGGAAUUCAAACAGCGAAAGAAGAACCAGCCCGCUGAAGUUCUGGUGCUAAAAUCCUUAUUUCAUCGUUUAUUUAUUUAUUUAUUUAUUCAUUCAUUUAUUUGGAUCGCUGAAAGUGAUGUAGCAAGUUUAAUUGUAAUUUGUUUUUCGUUCAGUUGCUAUCAUGACUGUGGGAAUCAUGGUGUUUGCAGUGCAGACUUCACGUGUGAUUGUAAUCUGGGCUGGCUGGGGGAAAACUGUUCAGUAGAUUGUGGUUGUAAUGGACACAGUGACUGUUCCAAAGGCAUUGGUAUUUGCGACAACUGUCAAGGUAAAUUAGCUGGGAUAAGUUUCGAAUAAAUGGUUAUGGUUAUUCUGGAAGGGAUUGUGACGUUUGGUCUGCAUACUCGUAUAGCAUCUUGUUCUUCUGCGAUUGUAAAUCGGGUUUGUUAAAAUCAGCUGUGACCUGUACUUUUCGAUUUUGUCUUCUUUUAGCCGUCAGCUUUUUUACGGCUCACCUGUUUUAUAUGUGUCUAUUAUAGUGGACAUCUUUAUUGUAUAAUUUCUUUUCCACUGUCCCGGUUGACGUGUUAUUGGCGAAGUCAUAUGUGGAGCGCCUUUUUUCCCUGUGAGAAUAGCAAAAGGGGUCGUGAUAAAAGAACUUUACCUCGCUCUUAAGCGCCGCCCCAUCUUGCCUAACCGGUUCAACAUCAUAUUUUUGCUUUACUAAGAGUGAUUGUUCAGUAGCCUCCGAUUUGUUUACGGGGUGUAUUCCUGCUGUUGUAGACGGCGGCGAAGUCGCUCAGACGAUCUUGUGACAAUAGGUUUAAAUCCAGCGAAAUUGGCCGAAACCAUUCCAAACUCGUAAAAAAUUCUCAAAGAACAGCUUACUUGUAAUUGUUACCAAUUCAUUUUGUUUUGUGUUUAUAUCACAGAUUAUACGUAUGGUGCACAUUGCGAGCUCUGUGUUCCCGGGUCAUUUGGUAACGCAACUACUUCUGAAGGUUGUAAACCAUGUCAGUGUAACGGUCACGGUGAUCCAGACAAGCAUUUUUGUGACAUGACAACUGGGCAGUGCUAUUGUACUGAUUUAACCAUGGGGUUCCAUUGUGACAAGUGUAUGCCGGGACUCAUGGGAAAUCCAACGUAGGUUAUGGUUUGUCUGACCCUUCAAAGCUCCAGAAACUACAUAGUUGUUAUCUCCACUGUCCAAACGUUUGUAUGAAAUUUUGUCUACCUGCGUUUUAAGAGCCCUAAGAAUGAAUUUAAAUUUACUGAAAGCAACUCACUAACCUAACUACACACUCAAACAUACAACGCGCGGCAAAAAGUUUCUGGUUUGAUCACCUCCAAGAAGUCAUUAUUUGAGUCACGAAUGCCUUUUUAUGCGGCUCCUUAUUGUUCAAACAGAACGCUAAGAGACAGAAAAAAAGUGAUAAAGCUUUGUUACGUUAGAGCUAAUAGGCCAGGUUGCUGAGCAAGAAUCAAAAUGGCGGCGCGCGCCCGCGGUCGAAAUCGUCAUCUCAUUAUAAGAAAAUUUUCUAUAAGUUAUUUUCCUUCUUUGAAACUCAAAAUGCGGCCAAUAUCCAAAGUUAAAUAUGUACUUUUUUAUGGUGGGAAAAAAUAUUUUAUAGUCUCUGGAGCAUACUUCUCUUGGUGAAGGAGAACCAAGUGCACGCCACUCUCAGUAGCAGAUAGAAUUACUCUAACUUCAACCCAUAAAUUUCAGGAAUGGUGGAUUGUGUUUCCAUGAAUGUAAACCUCGCAGUAUCCUCACUGACAUCUCGGAAGGUUUCAUUUCAACUGAAAUGGGCAGAGGAGUGCAGAACAAGAAGGAAGCUAGCUGUUUAUGGCUGAUCUCUUCACUGAGUAACAGCAGCCAUAAUGUCGUGUAUGGUCCGUCUCCUCCACCUGUGGAAAAGAGGGGGUAUAUUAUCCUCACAUUCAGGGAUCUUCGCAUCAAUUGUCUCACUGAUCAUGUCGAAGUGUACGAUGGUCUUCCUCCUUUUGUACUGGAUAAUUCGUCGUCCGUCCAGUCAUUUUACAAGCUGGGGUCGUUCUGCGAUUGGAGUGGAAACAAGUUAAGAUCUGUCACGGCCAAGUUGGGGAACAUGGUUGUACUCGUCAAGGCUGAUUUGAGUUCCGGUGCACUUUCAAAAGGCUUCAGUGCGAAGUUCAAAGUCAGAAAAUGCCCAGAUCUCUGUGAUGGAAAUAUGAAAUGUGUGAUGACCUCACAUGGGGAGCAAUGUGUUUGCUUAGACGGGUGGACAGGGGACGCUUGUAACCAACAGUUGUGUCCAAACAACUGCAGCUUGUCGUUUGGCCAAGGACACUGUAAUCAGGUAGGUGCAGUAUGCACUAUUGAGAGAAAUUACAACCUGCAAUAAUUAAAACCCGCCGAAGGUUAAUGCAAUAACGCGAUAUUCUGUGCUUGUUUUUCAUAGCUAAUCUGAUGUGGGGAGUAGCGAGGGUUUCGUGCCUUCCAACGUCCCAGAUUCUUUGGUUAUCCUUCCCUUGCAAAAACCAACAAUCAAAAUUUCAUAACAGCCUGCAAAUAGUGGAUGUGCUAUUACUGAAAUAAAAUGGAUCAUUUUCGCUUUUUUUUUUUAAUUUCUCUGAAUAGAGAACGGAUUUGCAUGUAACACUAUUGGCUAGUUUGGAUAAAAUAUUUCCACAGUGUCUGUAGCGAGAAGAUCCUCUUUUAGAAAGGAAAAUAUUUUUUGUUAGCCUUCUUACCACUACCGACAUUUGUUCUUGUAAUUGCUCUUUUUUUUAGUUUGCGAGGAGGUCCUCAUUAUUAGCGCCGCAUGACGCGCGUUUCUCCGUCCGUGGGAAGAUUUGAGACAAGUCGGGGAGAGUUUCACCGGAGGUCUUGUACUAAUAGUGCCAGACCCCUUGCAGAUCUCUCGCCGACUCGCAUUUGCUCAGGGCCUCAUACUUUCCCGCGAACAAGGAAGCGCUCGCGUCGGAGCGCUAAUUCUUUUUCAUAUGCGGUUAAUUGACAUGACUGAAAAGUCUAAAUGGUUGUAACCAUACUUAAAUCAACAGACUUUAGGAAGCUGUAUUUGCUCCAGUGGUUUCGCUGGCCCCGACUGCAGUCAAGUCAUCACUCCUGGUGACGGGGUGUGGGAGGUUCUCAGUGGUGGACCACACCCUAACAAAAGUACCAAUCGCUUGGCUCGUAUGGGGCACACCAUGGUGCAUGGACCAGGAGUUUUGUUGGUUUACGCUGGUUAUUCCUUCACCUACGGACUGUUGGACGAUCUUUAUAGUUACAAUUUAACCUCCAAUACUUGGUCACUUAUGGAAGUGAAUCGUGUCAACGUGACGGUUCCCCCUGCUCGAUAUCUUCACUCGGCCGUAUUUCAUACAGUAAGUGCAGUAAUUUAUGGUGAACGAAGCUUUGUAUUGUAACUAAGUGCUUUGCUAAGAACAGAGAUUAAAUAUGAACAGACAAUGCUAUCGUAGAACCGUGUAAUUCGAUUCUUUAAAAAUGCUCAGAUUGCAAUUCGUUUCCUCUCCCUGAAAAGAAAUUUCGCAAUCAGAUAUUCCAGGAGAAAUUAAAACGCCUUAGUUGUAAUGCUUACAAAAAGUUAACAGGGUGUAUUGGAGUGCUUUUCUGUUGAGUGUUGUAAAAACUGUCGUGAGACUAAAGCAAAGUAAUUACAACAGCCAAUCAGGAGAAAGGAAAAUACCUUGACAAGCCAAUGAGAACUCAUAGAAAAAAAGCGAAUUGCCUAAAGCGCGGGAAAACGCGGGCGACCAAGUCGUGAUUGGUUUUAGUUUUGCAUGUCAUUGGUUGAGAGAGUGGCGCGAGUUUUCUCGACCAAUCACAGAGCGGAUUAACACAAAACUAACGCAGUCUCGGAUCACUUUUGGCACUCAGUUGAAAAAUUACUCUAUUAACCCUUUGACUCCCAAGAGUGAUUAACAUGUAACUUCUCCCUGUAAUAUCUAAACAUUAUCUAGCAAACAGGUCAUAAGAAUACUCAAACUUAUCAGGUAAAAGUUGUUAUCUCGAUCUAACACCAAAUUCUUAUAACUUAUUUACAAGGAAAUGUGUAGCAGCUAGAGGGGAGAAUUGACAAUCAGAUCUUGGGAGAUAAAGGGUUAACAACUUGAAGAUAGAAAUUAACAUCUAAUGAAGUUAAGAAUUUGAGGAACAUUACAGGUCAUAUUCAGAGCUUUGAACCGUGAUUUUAUAGGACGCUAUGAUGGUUUAUGGAGGAGAAACUGAUGAUGGUGCUGAUGAUUCGCUCUGGUCACUUAAUACGACAAGUCUCCUUUGGAAUAAGGUAACUUGCCCUGAGGAGGCAUUUAAAGGCUGAGGGUAUACGGAAAUUGGCGCCUACUCUUUCUGUUACCGCCCGAAAUCUUACACAACACUUUUGAAGAACGUGCACUCUUCAUUGCAAUUUUUUUUCUCCCUUCAAUCAGUGCCUCUUGAAUCAAAAUUACAAGCUUUCGUAUUUACUGUGUGGGAGUGCGAUGUACCUAACGCGCCUCACUACAGCUAGAGGAUGAAGGAAGAACAGUUGGAAGAGAAUGGUUUUUUUUUUUUUUGAGUGUCACUGUGGGCAGAGCUCAAGCACCUCGCUUUUAUUUUUGUUUUUCUACUUGAUACAGUAUACAGUGACAGUACGUCAAGUAAGUUGUAACAUUAUGUCAGUCAUAACUCCAUGAUAUAUUUAACAUCCCCAUCCGAUGAGGCAAUAUGGUGUUACGAAAUACCGGAUUGAACAUUUUGCUGGCUAGAAGGUGGAUGGUGAAGUAACCAAAAAUAGUUUGCUCGAGAGACCAGAAAUGCUGCACUGUCCCAAACAGCUGUAACUGAGAAUGUAGAUUUAUCUAAUGCUUUUUUUACCCCUCCAAUCCUCUAGUUGAUCAGCAAGGGCCCCAAGGUGGCAGGUCACACUAUCACUCUUGUAGGAGAUGAUAUUUACAUUAUCGGAGGAUAUGACCGCGUCAGGGGCUUUAGCGAGAGAUCUUACAAAUACAAUGUGAUCACUAAGGUGUGGGCGAACUUGACAACAAGCGGACCUUCCCCCAAAGGUUUGUAUCGUCCAUGGUGGUGGUUGUUUCGCGGACCAGUCAUUAUUUAUCGCAUGGGGGGUGGGGGGGAGGAUUUUGGGAGGGAUCGGUGCGGAGGGGAUCAGUCGUCGCCAAUGAGGACGGGAGAGAGGAAUCAUAAGAAUAUUGUAUUGCAGAGCUUUAUGGGGGGAAUCAGGUGAAAUUUUAUCGUUAUACAAGCGAAAUCCUCCGCACCACCACCGCACCCACCGCACCCCUCCCCCUUCCCUAGCGUUUUUCAUUAAAGAGUCGUAAAACCAAAACGAAAGCAAUCACAAAGGCUAAAAUCAGGAGAAAAGUAAACAUCACAACGAACCAUUGAUCAUUUACUGUAAAAACAAGCUAAAAGCAUAAAGAGUGGUUUUGGCUUGCAUCUAAUUGGAUUAGAAAAUGGCGCGAGUGUUCUGGAACAAUCGUCGACAGUAGCGAAGUAAAACCAAUGCAAUCCCGAAUUACUUUGAUAUACUCUCAACUAGAAAUUGUUCUAGAAGGCAAACCCCGAUGUUUUUGUUUUGUAUGUUGUAGGUGUGUAUGGACAUUCUGCUGUGCAUUACACCACGUCCAGCAAGACGAUUAUUUUGGUGUUUGGUGGAUAUCGAUUCAGGAUUCACUCAGUCGCCGCUUCAGAUGAGCUUUACUCCUUUGAUCUGACAUCAAAGAAAUGGAGCAUUUUGCAGCCUAUGCCGUCCAAUGAGGUAAGACUUGUGAAAUCCAAAUUACUAUGUCUUUUGUGCGAAAAAAAAAUAUUAGAUAAGAGUUACUCCAUUGAGCAAUCCUUCUAAUUAUAUCUAGAUAGGUUAUUUUGUGGACGAAGUGUCGAGACUACCAAACAAGGCCUCCCUUUGAAACAGAGGAUGAAUGUAGCUACAAGUUUGGUCUCGUUUGCAUGCAAUUUCUAUUUCGACAUAUUUUGUUUGUUUGUUCCCUCGUCUUUUUCACAGAAUACUUCAGACUAUUGAAAGUUCUGUCAUAGUGAAACACUUUUUACCAGGAACGUUCUUGAUUAUUUUAUCGUGAAUGUUAGCCACAAAUCUUCACCUUUCUUACUUACCCGUACAAACUCAGGAACGAAAGUUUGCUAACAGCAAAGACGAUUAAAGUGCCGCGUGUUUUUCAUUAAUCUUGCUCUUGUACUAUUUUUGCAGCCGAGUCCGAAAUACUUUCACUCAACAGCCAUUAUUGAUGAUCUUAUGGUUGUCUACGGAGGAAGGAGUAACACUUCGGAUCAGUUUUUCUCACGUCAACUUUGGUUUUAUAAUGUUAAAUGCAACUAUUGGCAUCUUUUCUCAGGUAUUAUUUAUCGUUUGUUUUGUUUUAAAACUCUGUAAAUCACACCAACUCGUUAUAAUUUUGGCCAUUUGCUUUCCUAUCCGCUGUCAGAAAAUUACCGAAACCAUGAUGACUACAACAGCCAAUCACAACAAAGGAAAUAUCAUAAGGAGCCAAUGAGAACUCAAAGCAAAAACCAAGCGGGCAAAAAAUGCGAGAAAACGCGUGUGACUAAGUCACGAUUGGAUUUAGUUUUGAAUCUGAUUGGUUGAUAGAGUGGUGCGAAUUCCUCGACCAGGCGCAGAGCGGAGUUGACCUAAAACUAAUGCGAAUGGAUUAUUGUAAACGCUCAAUUUUUAUUUAUAUUUUCUUUUUUCUUAUUGUGUUCUCCUGUAAUUUGCAGAAAAGAAUUUGGUCGGUAGCAAACCUGAGGGGCUUUUGUCUGCUGCUACGGUCCAGAUCGCUGGCAAAUUUUACCUUUUUGGAGGAUUCGACGGUCAAACACAAGCAGACCUGUUUAGACUCACUCUUCCUGUUGAUCUGUGCCAAGGUUAUACUUCCAAAGAGAACUGCAGUGCUGUUAAGACCUGCAGCUGGUGUGAACUGAAGAAUGUCACGCAAGGGGGAAAUGUUACCUUACUCACCAAUAACAGUGCGUGCUACUCCGUGACGUCACCUUUACCAGCUGCCUGUUACGCCGAACCAAAUGUCACGCAGGUAUUUUAAAACACGUAGUAGGAUAGUACCUGGUUUCUUCUAAACCGUGGAUAUUAAAACUCAACUCGAAGUUCUGGCGGAAUUAUGCGAGCUUUUAAAGGUUCAAUGAAUUUUCUGUGUGGAAAUUUGUACCCGACAAUUUCUGCACCAAAAUUGAGCAACGGUUUGGCUGAUAAGUCGAGACCGUUUCGUCAGACUUGACAGACUGGUCUAGCUAAUCGUCUGACGGACCGUUGUCAGUCUUGUCUGACCGGCUAGACCGAUCUCCCUACCGAGGAAUGGACUAGAGGUCACGAUUGACUGGCUUGACUCAUUCACUGAGUCAGCUGGAGUCUGAUUGCGUGAACAUACUUACCAAUAACUUUCUGCUGAUCAAAUACGAAAGUUAUCUCACUCACAUUUACUCACGUUCUGUGGCGGCCCUGUGGUUAGCGUUGGACUCUGGAUUGAGAGGUCUGGGUUCUAGUCUUGGCUGGGUCAAUUUGUUGUGGUCUUAAACAAGCCACUUUGCUCCGAAGUUCCCGUCUCCUCCCAGGAUUAGAAAUGGGUAUUGUGUAAACCCGACAAAGUACAAAUCAACUUAUAGUGGCAUCCCUUUUCAAGGGGAAUUGUAAUACUCUUAGUCGCUUCAUGCUACAAAAAAGAUAAGCUCCGACUGGAUGGGCCACUAGUCUGAGCUGUGCUAACUUUUUCUUUUCUUUCCUUUGAAAUUGUAGGUUACACUGUACAAUGGUACAGAAUGCUCUGACCAAUCAGAUCGCGUGUGCAGCUCAUUCUUCUCAUGCAGCACGUGUUUAGCAUCUCCAGUCCACACAAACCUUAAUCCAAGCUGUAAGUGGUGUGUUGGUUGUAGCACGGGGGGGAAAUGUAUAGGAUUGUCUGACGAUUGUAAUCAGGCGCACCCGUGCGCCCGAGCCACGCAGCAACAGCAAUUAAACUCGGACUUCUGCGUUCCGAACAAUUGUGAAGCGACCUCAUGCUCGGCUUGCAUAGGCCUGCAAAACCAGUGCGUAUGGACACCGCAGUUAAAAUGGCAAUCUGAGGUUCGACUGGUGUUUUCAAUCGCUCCCCAUGCAUUCAGUUGGAACUGCUGGGGAAAUUUACGAACAGAAGAUAUCGCAGCUAUCGGUAUUAAGGCAGUAACAACAAGCUCCUGUCCCCAGCCGUGUACAGCUCACAAUAGCUGCACUGCCUGCCUCUCUUCACCAGGUUAGUCCAGGGACAGUGUUUAAUGGCGCUGGAAAACGCAAUAACCUCUAAUGUAACCUGUUCCAGGCGUCCAUGUUGUAAAAUGAAACACGAUAGUAAACAGCACUAUAGUUGUGGAGUAAAAACUUGAGGGAGGCUUGGGUCGAGUCGCGUAAUGAACCCGUUCUUUACCUAACCCGACCCAGACCUCUCUCGCUUUUUCACUCCUCUGCUAGUAUUGCGCCGUUUGUUAUUUCCCUCCGUUUAACCAACAGAUCGCCAGGAACAAGCUAGCUCUAAUGCGCUGUCCUUAUAUUGUUACUGCUCCUACGCUAGAAAAUGAUAACAUUAUGCUUAUGCUGUAACGUUUAAUGAUAGUAGCAGUUGUAAUUAUGUGUGUAAUGGCAGUUAUUAUGAAACAAUAAUAAUAAUAUACUAAAAUAAUUACUAUAAUAAAGUAAUUAUUACUUAAGCAUGGUGUAAUUACUGCUAAAGAGUAAGAUUCAUCGUCGUUUAGUAAGAUAAAACUAUGUAGUGAACAAUUAAAUGUAGGUAUAAGAUUAAGUUAAGUUGCUUACUUGCUUUUAUGAUCUGCAAUUAAGAUGAGAGCCUUUGAAUGUGUCACUUGACUAACCUGGAGAAUAUUUCGGAGGAAUAUAUUGGCGGGUUGGUUUUCAUUCGGUCUGUAAUUGUGUUUUAUGGACACACAAUGUGAUGUCGAAGGUAGCAACUUUUCAAAAUUCGCAACACCGAACCACGUUCGGGAUCAGAAAGAACGAAGGUAAGCUCAAUAACAGACUAUUGUUGGUGCUUAUCGACGGAAACCAAUGAUUAUCGACCUUUCUAGUUACACAUUCAUACCGCCUACAUUGUUCCAUUCGUGCCAUUAUUACAUCCAUUUUGAAAUCACUGGUAAUCUUUGGAAUCUGAUUGGCUUUUAUUAGUGCGAUUUAUUUACGAAUUGCACCAUUUCUUGUUCUAAAUCUCAUCUUUUUCUCAGCCUACUAGAAAUCUCUUUUUAUUUUUUCUUGUUUAAACUAACCAAUCAAAUUAGAGGAAUAUAAAAGACAACUUUUUACAAACCAGCUCAGCACUGGAUCAUUAAAACAUUUGUAAAGACCAAACAAAUCCUGUAUCUGAGUGGCUGAAUUUUUUGAUUUCAAAGUGGAUCUAAUAAAAUGGUUAUUUAACUUUGUGUCAAGCAAUUUUGGUGAGUGAUUAUGAGUGAUUUCUAAAUCGAACGAGCGCGCAGCGCACUCCGCUCAUAUCAAUUACCAUUACAAAUCGCAACCGGUCACAUCGAGAAAUUUUGUUAAAACAAUAAAAUGUAUGUACGCGGGCAUAAAUAUAUCUUGGGUCGCACUCAGAGCCCAAGCCACUAGGCGGGGGUCAAAAUAACAAUCCCGUAGAAGAGAUAGAAAACUAUUGUGAAAGCUGACGUUUAUGGGUGCGGACUGGUCGACGUGAGUUUUUCAUGUAGAAUUUUUUUGGUAGUUGUCCAGUGCGCACCCUUGAGUUUUAUGUAUGUUAGUACAUCGUAUUUAGGUUGAAACACAAGAUUACACCAGGUGGUUAUGUGAUUAAAUGCUUAUUGAAUGAGUGGGAGGUAAAUUGUAAAAUAUUUGGCACGAGGUCAUGAAGUUGGUACGUAGCGGGCUGGCGAAGAUGAGUUAGUGAUUUUAAAUAAUUGAAUACCUGAUAAAAAUGUUUUUAAUUUAAGUCGCCGUGUUGGAGAGGUCUCUAAUUUAGGCGGAUAGAAGGAAAGCGACAAGGUCCGGAACUCUGAGAGCAAGACAGCUUAUCGUUAAUUUUUUUGUUCUCUCAGGUGCCGAUGGCGCUUGGAAGGAAUGUGUCUGGAGUGAAACUUUAGGUCAGUGUUUCUCGCCAUCUGCCCUGCCGCUCAUCUGUUUGACGGGACGUUGCGGACGAGUGCUGCGAGGAUCGUCUUCGAACUGCAUGGGAAACUGCAUUGACAGUAAUCACAGUAAUCAAUGCUCCAGUUGUUUGAGUAGUUAUAACUGCGGCUGGUGCGGAAAGUAUGGAACAACAGGAGAAGGGGAAUGUUUUGAAGGCGGACUGCAAGGUCAGUGUGAUAAUUGGUGUAGUUUUAAAAUUUCGUGCCCUUCAGGAAAUUCUAGAAUCUGAUUGGAUGGUUAUAGUACAUUGAUGGCCGAAGACACAGUAUUUAACGGGUGGUAGGUGUGGCUGAGUGGUUAGUGCGGUGGACUUGUAAUCUGGCGUUUUCCAUCCUGCCACUCAUGGAUCUGUUCUCAGUUGCCCCGAGCUAUACUAAGUGGUUGCGUUUUGUAUACAACCAACUGGUCUACCUCAAGCCAGUUGAAAUUUUUAAACACUACGUUUGAUUCCAGUUUGUUUCUAUUGGUUAUGAGUAGCCCCAGUGGGGGAUUGGUUAAUUAAUUAACGUGAUAGUAUUAUUAUUACUAAUAUAAUUAUUAUCAUCAUUAUUAUAAAUAUUAUUGUCUUAAUGGCGUUCUUCAUUCAAAUUAUACUAGGAACCUUUCACAGUAAUUUACUUUUAAGUUCCCUAGUCAUUAACUUUCCAUUGGUGGGUUGCUUUUAUAUUUUUUUUCGUCCAUCUAUGCGCAAGAAUUGUAACGUUAACAUUCUGACGCUUCCUUUGUUUUGUCGCGCUUAAUAAAAAAUAUCACUGCUGUACAAAUAUAAGGAGACCAGAGACUUCGAAGCCAUAACAAAAAUUAGUCGGCAGUUGUAUCUUAAGAAAUCGCUAAGUAUAUAGAAAAUGACAACCAGAAACAGUCGCGCAGGGUGACCGUUUCACUGUUUGGGAAAUCUCAAACUCGUAAUCGACUCUCUAAAAAUCUCUUAUUUUCCCUCGCGAUCUGCCUUUUAAGGUCCUCUUCAGCGUUCUUGUCCAGGAAGGAACGCUUCCAACCACGUGUCGCGUGUGUGGGCCUCUACUUUGUGUCCCCUGGAAAAUGAGUGCCUCAAUGGACGACACACUUGUAACAGUAUUACGCAGGACUGCGUGGACCUACCGGAGGCGUUCAAGUGUGUUUGUAAGGCGGGUUACAACGACACAGGGAACCCAGGGUGAGUAAGAGUCAUGAGUAACCUAGGAGGAUUGCGGGAAAAACUGAUACGUAUAAAGAGGUUUUAUUAGAGGAGGGGGAGGAGGGGGAGGAGGGGGAGGAGGGGGGAGGGGGGGGGAGGGGGGGGGGGAGGGGAGGAGGGGGAGGAGGGGGAGGAUUCAAGCCCCAGGCUGGAUCAACACUUAGGGUCUUGCAAGAAGUGAGGAGAAUGUGCAUCCACAAGGACAUCCACAAAUGGUUCGACAUUCUAGUCUUCUCGGAUGAGGACGAUAAACCGUAGAUCCCGUCUCCUGCAUCUUCUCCGUACUGAUUAGCAGGGGACGUUAAAGAACCCACGCACUUUACCCAAAGAGCAGGGACCGUAGAUCCCAAUGUUGUGGUCAGGCUUUGUUAUUGUUGACGCAAUAUGGAAAAUGAAUAAAUGAUCAAAUUAAUAAGGCAGUUCACCUAUCGCUGAUCUCUUUCCAGAAUUUGUCUGCCAGUGUGUUCUAAAGGAUGCGUUCAUGGUCGCUGUGUCCGCCCAGAAGUAUGCGAAUGUAACUUUGGUUGGACCUCUAUUGACUGCUCUGUUAAAUGUCAGUGUAAUGAUCACGGACAGUGUGCGAAUGAGACACAUCUGGAUGUCUGUUACGACUGUCGGAACCACACAGUAGUAAGUUGUUGUCACGUAAUUAUCUUUAAUGGUCUGGAGCUUUCUGCCUUAUCACGAAAUAUUUUCUACCGCGAGAAUUGUUGCACGAUGCUCUUCAUAUUAUCCUAUUGCGCGUUUUAGAUUUUGAAUAAACAUCAUGGUAGCGAAUUUCCAUGCAAUGACAAACCAGAGGUUACUGAAAGGUGAUGUUAUUCAGUGAAUGACACGGGUAUACUCGGAAAGAAGACGGAACUCCGAGUGCUCCGAGUCAAACCGAUGAGCUUCCGAUUAGUACCUCAAAAGCUCUAUCACUAAGUUACAGGAGACUGGUGGUAGGCUAGGCCGUCAAACCAGGUCUGUGUUGACAAACUUCUUGCUCACUGCAAGGAUAGGAAUGUUGAUGAAAGACGCUUUUGCGCAAUGAUGAUGAUAGGCUACUGGUUUGUUGCGCAUUUCCUCAGGAAUCGUUACAUAAUGUGCCAAACAAAACCCUAAUCAGUGUCAUAGCUGUGGCUGAAUUAUCGCAGUGAUUGGGUAUUUUCAAAAAAUGCUCUUUGAGAACCAUUUUAGGGAUUUUUAAACUCAAAUUGACGGGUACAGCUGUUAGUUUUCCACGCAAAAAUGUGGUGUAAGGGUCUUUUGUUUGAUGUACUCAGGGUCAAAGCUGUCAGUUCUGUGAAGCUCUGUACGUUGGAGAUGCAAGAAACAACGGCAGCUGUGUAUCAUGCUAUGACGCGUGCAGUCAUCGAGCACAUGUGUGUAUGAACAAAACCGAUCUACAGCGUGGCCGGAAUCUGUCUCUGUCUUUUAACUAUUCAAAGGUUUGUGGGCUCUUGCUGUUAAAUUUAUCUGUAAUUGAACCGCAACGGACUGCAUUCUUUGGCCUUUCUAUAAACCAAUGAGCUGGCGAAAUCGGUAUUGAGCACGAAAACCUUGUAAACGGUACCAAAGUCGGGAAAUGUGUCAUCGGUACAAAUCACAGUUAACCCUUUAAUUCUCAGAAGUGAUUAACAUUUAACCUCUCCCCAUGAUAUCCAUACUUUAUCCAGCAAACAGGUAGUGAGAAUACUGAAACUCAUCGGGUACAAGAUAUUACCUCGAUAAAACACCAAAUUCUUGUAACCAAUUUACAAGGAAACGUGCAUAAGCUAGAGGGAGAAUUAACAAUCAAAUCUUGGGAGUUGAAGGGUAAACUCACAUGUGGAUAGGCCCUUAACAUUAGCUCUGUCGAACUCACGUUUCUGUGCUAAGCUAGACCCGUUGAAGACCUCCCGUCGGCGAGAGGUCUGAGCGUUGCGCAAAGCCUCAUACUUUCCCGCAGGGGAAGAAACACUUGAGCAGAAGCGUUAAUAAUGAGGGCUAUCUUGCGAGCCGGUGCCAAUGGCGGAUGAAGUGCGGUAAAGCGUGUGAGCGGCGCCAAGCGCGAGAAAACAUGCAAUCAGCUUCUCACGCGGGGAAACUGAUCUGUGAUAAGAUAAGCGGAAAAUGAUGUUCAACCUGUGUAAGGAGUGAUCGUGUUGUUCCACUGUUGAAGUGCAUGCGAUUAUGCCUAUUUAACAUGGCUUCUUAGUAUUAAUUAAAUUUGACCGAAAACAGGUGAAGGACUGGGUAAAGCAUGGACCGUACAAGAUUGAAUACGAAGAAGAGUGCCUGUGUCAAAACAACAGCAAAGGUGUUCAGUGUAAAACGUGUGUUACUGGGUUCUUCAGCCUCAAAGACGAAUGCGUUAGGUUUGUGUUGUCUUCACAUCUCUGUGUUUAUGAUGGGACAAAGAAUAUUUAUAGAUGCUAAGUUGUGUAUAUUGUUAUUAUUAUUCCUAACUCAAACCAAGUGAAAGUUUUAUUUGAUCGAGUUUCCACAAUAAUUCUUCUACUUUAAGGGUAUUUUUGCUUUACUCGUUGAGAGCGAAAAUAUUCCUCAGCCAUUUCGUGACUUUAUAAGCUUUUUUUGUUCCCCAGUGUUUGAGUUCUUUGUAUAGGUCUGAUGACGUAAAACAAAAGAAUGAGAGACAGAGCGAAAAAGGUCAUUCGCACGCGACAAAUCUUUAAAAUGUCUCCGUUAAGGCUCACGCAAUAUUUCUUGAAGCGAAUAACCUAAAUUGUUCUUCGUUUUUAAAUGAUAUAUCAUUCCAGGGAAAGUUCUUCAAUUUGGCCGCAGAAUAUUGAUCAAGUGAUCAAGCGUUUGCAGUCCAAUUUUAUUUUUCUCGGCUGUCCGUACUGCACUUUGUUCUUGAAUGACGACUUGGAAAUCAAAAUUUCUCUCAGCAUUUCUUUUUGUCGCUAUGUAAGUCAAAUGAAACCAGGUUCAAAAGUGAAAUGGUACCUACCAUAUUUCUAUCAAUGUAUGAUUUAAUAUGUUUUGUUUGUUUUUUACUUCAGAUGUUUGUGUAACGGACAUGCGGAUUCUUGUGAUGUUAAGAAAGGGAUAUGUCAUUGUGGCAACAACACAAUGGAAGACUGUCCAAACACAGAGGAUUGUUACAAAAAUCAGGCAAGUGUUAUUUUUGUUUUGUUUUUUUUUUUGUUUUUCGCUAGUUUUAUUUUGUUUUAGUUUUUUUCUUUUACAGUUUGAUGGUUUUUUUUUUAAUUUGUAUUUGGCAGGGCUAUUUUCCUUAGAAUAAACGGGGUAAAUUUCUCAAGGAACUGUAGUGCUGCGUCAGUGGGGGUAUUACAAGUUCAUUUAGUUUUUAUCAAUGAGUUGAUAAUGUAAAAUGGCCACCCUAAUUAUUUUUUUAAAGUUGACGUUUCGAGCGCUACCUCUUCGUCAGAGCAAAGAACAUUGGAGUCAACCUUUAGCCUUCAAAAAAGGCUUUAAAAAGUAAAUUAUCAACAAAGUUUCCGCCAAAAAAUCUGAAAAACCAAAUGUUUGGGAAUCACCGAAACACCGCACUGAUGAAAGUGGCCACACACUGCCUUUUUCAUUCUGAAAGUCAUUUUUCGCGCGAAAAUUUGGUUCUUUUAAGUUGCAAUCAGAUAGUAAGGUCAGUUUCCGGCUACACCGGAAGUUGUACACACGGAACAAGAUAGUCACGCGAUACAUUUCCCACUCGCUCAGUCGCGCGAUGGUUGUAUUGCGUAAUAUGUCACAGGGUUCUUGUAUAUUCUUGAAUUACUGAGGAAAACAAUGAAAAUAAUAAAAUAAUUGCAGGACCUGGAGAAAGUUUCGAGAAGAAAGAUGAGGUUUUGAAAAGAGUGAAAGGAUAUUGUGAAGUUGUUUUUAAGCGAUAAGAGAUGCUUGAUUACUCUGUAAGAAUAUUUACAUGUUAAGUUAGCGGACUUACACCUUUUUUCAGUUCUCUAAUUUUAUUUACGUGAUCUUGGAAAAUUUUAAAUUUUUGAGCAAACCUUAAAAAUAAAAGUCGCUUUAUGCCGUUGACUGUAAGCUUGAAAAAUGAAAAUAAUUUUUUGAAAAAAGUCGUUUCAAAAAGCUUGGAACGUAGUGCACAAGAACCCUUCCGACACACCUUAUAAUUAAGAUUAGGUUACCUUUACUUUCACUCCUAAGAUCUCGUUAGUAAUUCUCCUUACAGUCUGCCAUUUAAUUCUUAUGAGGUUGGUUCAAAGAACUUGGUAUUGGAUCAACUCCUAAUCCUCUAAUUGACAUUUUCUCCUUUCUCAUUACUUGCCUGCUUGAUAUUGAUUGAUAUUGUAAGGAAAAAAUUCUGUCUUGGUCAUUCAUGGGGUCAAAAGGGUUAAACUAACAAGAAACUAUUCCACUCCACAGUGCGUUAAAUGUAAAGAAACCUUCAUGGGUAACCCAGUCAAUGAUCAGCAGUGCUACAGAAAGAUUAGUGUCAUGAAGGAGUUUGUGAUCGGUAAAAAAACAUCCGAGACCAGCGAGGAAACAGUAGAACCGUUACCAUAUGGCCAAGCUAUUUUCUACGCUAUAUAUCCCAGGUUUACUAACGUGGAUAUUCGCAUGACUAUUGAUGUGUUCGAGGGAUCAGUCGAUGUUUUCGUUGCAGAUGAAAAUGACGAAUUCACAGUGACUCUUAACGAAACCUCUGGACAUCAUAAAGUGAAAGUCAAAUCCCUUGCCUCGUCAAGGUAAGUACUAGGCCAUUUUCGUUAUGUUAUGGACGUAAGGUUAAAAAAAAACUGGGUGUAGAACACCCUAAAAGUGUUUCUUGUCGGAAGUUUUAACAAGAAAAGUAAAACGAAAAGAGUAGAACCACUUAAAAGUUUGUUUGCUCUUUUAAGUACUUUUUCUUGUGAGUUUACUAGUUAGCCUCGAUCCCACACACUCGAUCCAGUCUGCUGGGUCGUGAAGAAUGAGAACCACAUGGUAACCUGCAAGUAACCACCCCCACCCCCACCCCCACCCCUCCCAGGUUUAGUGACGGCUACUAAUUAAUUUUCUCGGUCAAUUAACACCCUCAGACGAAAGAAGCGAGCAUCAGAACAAGACGGAGUUGAUAGCUACAGUGGUAACGAUGAGGUGAACGUAAAGGUAGCAUCAAGUACUGACCUAAACACCUUCGUUUCCUACCAAGAUAAUCACAAGGCACUUAUUAUUCGAGAUGUUAGGAGACGUCUUGUGCUGACAUUCCCUCACAUGUCACACUACCUGCGUGACACAAGAUUCUAUAUGGUGUUUGUUGGCCGUGACGGGUCUGGGACCAAAGGUCAGUUAUACUUCAGGCAGGACCUGUCCCAGAUUGACUUGUUCGUGUUCUUUUCAGUGUUUUUCUCCGCAUUUUUUCUUGUGGUUUCUGUCAGCGUAUUCGGCUGGAAGAUCAAACAGUAUCACACACGAAGAAGAGUUAUCGAGGUGCAAGAGCAUCAGCUGAGAACGAUGAAAAACCGGCCAUUUGCAACGUACUCGUUUCUCUGUCAAAUGAAAAAGCCACAGCCAAGUCUUUGGCGUGUCAAACGCGACAUAGCUACUCUCCUAUUGCGUGACAGCUCAUCGGUCAAAGACAACCAUUUACGACUUAGGGACGUAAAGGACCGACCUGUUAUAGCCCCUGUUAGUCAAGAGCAUACUGCAGAUGGGCGCGCAUCCGUUACCACAGUAGUGUUUCAACUUCCGGGCAACGAAUGCUCUGAUUUUCAACUGAUGUUAGGUUCUUCCUUGACCGUCGUUUCUAAUCAACAUUCAGUUGGUGGUGAACAUCACAGUCGCAAUGGAAGAACAUUUGGUACGAGAAGGACAGUCACUUUUACUAAUUAAUUAUUUGUAUAUAGAGCAGUAAAUAAUAACAACUUUUUCCAGAAAAAGUUUUUCCGUUCUCAUUCGAAAGUUUAGGUCGUCACGCAAGGCUUGACAGUCGCUGCGUGAUAAUCUAAAUCUUUCGAACGUACUCUGUCACGCAAUGCCGUAUUUACGUUUCCAUAGGUAGUUAGAUGAUGAAAUUGUACAGAGGAAAUGAAACGAUUUCGACCUUUGUCGACAGUCAGAUUCAACUCAUGCAUUCUAAAUAUACGCGAUUUUUCUUCUUUAGAUCCACUAUUUAUUUUUUUAAUUUUCCCAAUAUGUGACCACUUUAAAUAAAAUUUGUCGAGAAUGUUAUGUGGCAAAAAUCGGAAAUGAUGCGUAGCAAUGAAAUGAUUCAGUGAAUUUAAGUAGGUUUUGUAUUGAAAUCCGACUCAUCGCCGCUCCCCUAAAUCUCUCCGAGAUGUUAUUGUUUUAAAUAGGCAAUUCUAAGGGAGGUGGAAGGAGAGAUGAUAACGUAACUACUAUACACAUUUUUAAUUAAAAAAAGUAAAAACUCAUUUCAAAAAAAAAAUGUGACCUGGAGCUUGUAAAAAUAAAAUUCUUUGAACUUAUAUGGUAAGUUUACUCUUUUUUACCUGUGCC